GUUCUUCUCUUACAUCUUCGUUGAAAGUCCUUCCCUUUACGGUUUUCAAUCUCCGUCAUGGCUACUCUAGACUAUGAUGUUCCCAUGGUCCCCGUCGGAGAAUCUUCAAACAGAUCCGCCGCUUCCUCCUCCACUAAAAAGCCCAAGCGCUUCGAGAUCAAAAAGUGGAGCGCCGUUGCACUCUGGGCUUGGGAUAUUGUUGUGGAUAAUUGUGCGAUUUGCAGGAAUCACAUCAUGGAUCUCUGUAUCGAAUGCCAAGCAAACCAAGCCAGCGCCACCAGCGAGGAAUGCACUGUCGCUUGGGGGGUCUGCAACCAUGCAUUUCACUUCCACUGUAUCAGCCGAUGGUUGAAGACUCGUCAAGUGUGCCCAUUGGAUAAUAGUGAGUGGGAGUUCCAGAAGUAUGGUCACUAAAUCUUCCGGAACUGUUAUCGGUUGAACUCACUUACCUUUCUCACAUGGCAUGGAUGAAGAUGAUAUAAUUUUCAGCUUUCUCGACUUUUAUUGCACUUGCUUUUAAAUAUUUUGGGAAACAUUUGGAUCUAUGAAUUAGGGUUUGAAAUUUGCUAUACAGAGUGUAAUAUGCUUAAAUUUUACUGAGAAUUAUUCAUGUGCUAAUCUUUCCCCUCUCUCUCUUGGGA